UGGAAAUCCUACAUUUCGACCUUGACACUGAAGCUAUCAGAAACACCUACUAUAUAAACUAGACAAGAUGUUCGAAUCAUCAUUCGUGAAGAAUUACCAGAACAGUCAACAUGCAGUUGCUCAUCAUCGCAUCCAUCAUCAGCCUGUGUGCUGCUGGGGCCCUCCCCCCCUUCACUCAGAACUACAACCAGCCCCAAUACAGACAGUACUAUGUAGAGAGGCCCAGGGCUUCGUUGGAGAAGAAUGCCGCCAUCUUGAGAUCGGUCUCCGAUGCCAAUGAAAAUGGAUACCACUUCGCUUAUGAUACUGAAAAUGGUAUCCAAGCGGAAGAAACAGGCGUUGAAAACAACGGUAUCCAAGCGCAAGGCGGCUACUCCUACACCGGUGAUGAUGGCCAGGUCUACAGUAUCAGAUACACUGCUGAUGCUAACGGUUUCCAGGCCCAGGGUGCGCAUAUACCCACACCUCCUCCCGUGCCCGAGGCGAUCGCCAAAGCACUCCAGGAGAACGCAAGAGAUGAAGCGAAUGGUAUCUUUGAUGAUGGCAGCUACCACGAAGGCAAGUACGACUCGGGUGUGUUCGCGGCUCGAACCUACACCCCUCAGAGAUACGUCACCCCCGUGUACCGACCAUACAGAUUCUAACCAUUGUGCCAUAUAUAGUCAUAUAUCUUAUGUUAUGAAUAAAGUUGUAUUUUUUCAGUA